CAGAACGAAAAGCGUUGGAAUAUUUCAGCCCACCGUAAGCGAGUUGUUGUUGCCUGAGGUUGGAAGCGUCCGCCCUGCGGGGUGGGGUGCCCGCUCCAUCGUCAGCGAUCGACGUCCAAUUACGACGAGGCGGCCAGCUAAGCCCCUCAUGAGGCACUUUUCAUCAUGACUAUCUACCUAAUGGCCAACAAAUUACCUCCAACUCGCCAUCUAAAUACAACAGAUGUCUACUUUAAUCCAUUCUCAAAUUCCUUUUCCACCAUCCUGUGCUCCGAAUACAGACCGUCUCAGCCCUUACGAUGGCGUAAGCAUUCAAAAUGGCUCAUCCGAACCAGAAAACGCGGCAGGAUCUAUAACGCACGUACCAGGAGAUCCCUCUAUCAGUCUUCUCCCCGACAACGUCUAUAAUCAUCUCUCUCAUCACCUGGAAACUGUGCUCCUAGACGAGCUUUACGAGAAGCUCUGGAUUGUCGCGAAGAAGUCCAGCCGAAACAUUGACCCGCUCCAUACGCAAAAGGUCAAAGGCCGAAGCAUUGUCCCUACUGAGGAUCCCAGACUCCAUCUCACUUGGCACCCGGACAGAAUCUACAUAAAGCCCAUUCCUGUAUUCCUACUCAACUACGAAUUUUGGACAACAUAUCUACAGCCUUCGACACAGAAUUCAUCUUCAGGCUUCGACAGCUCGAUUGCAGUUGGAUUCUUGCGGUCAUAUGCUUUACUCGUGCCGCAUCGUCUGGAUUUCAUGUUGGCGAAAGAGGCCUACCUGAUUCCUGACGAUGUAAGUGACUGGCUUCAAUGGUCAAAAUUCAUCACCCACUUCCGCCAUCUCUCUGAUGAGAGCGUCGCGAGGCGAUAUCAUUACGGGCAGUUGCGCAUCUCGCGGCUGAACUGGGCCAUCCCCCAUUGGUCUAUCACCAGCUUUGUAUCGAGGGCGACUAUGCCUCUGUUGUUUAUCUUUGCCGUUGCACUCUCAGUGCCGACAGAUGACCCUUGGUUUGAUGGGCUGAGCGAGUCUGGACUACAAGAUAUAGGUCGAGGAUUUUGGGUGUUCUCUAUCGCUAUAAUACUGGGUUGGGUAGCUCUCUGGGCCCUCUUUCUCAGCAUCCCAAUUGUUACCCUGGUAUGGCAAGUUUCAUGGGGAUUUGCGAGAGAGAAGAAGCGACGUGCGAGGGUUUUUGCUGCUUGAAAUGAGGAACAGGCUGAGGUUGCCAACAGCCGGGUGGCGUUUUGGUAGGAACCGGCUUCUCGGUUAAGUGGAAGUCCUAGCCGCAGAUUCGGUCUCUCUUUCGAGGAGCAAGGUCGAAUGUCGGUACUCGAAACAGUUCAGGCGAGUGUUGGCGGGGAGGGUUGAUGGUAGCCAGGAGCGGCGGCCGGCCUGUCAGCAUUCAAUACAGAUGGAAGUGUUGUCAACCCGGGCCGCUACCCCUAUAUACUAGACUUAAUAUAUAGUGGCCCGUUCUCGUGACGCGCGCUCGGGUGAAUAUGUUUGACCGUCUCCCGUGGUGGUUUA